AUGAUAAAAGUAAGUGAUGAGGCGUUGCCCCUGCGUCCAUUCGCGUCACAUGUAGGCUCCAAAGGUCUUGGGAUGCUUGGCUCCAUACACAUCAAGUACUACCAACUCCAUUAUGUCCAGUUACAAGUAGUCGAAAACAUCCUCGUGCUAUCAUCGCCAUUGACUUGA